AUCACAUUUGGUCUUAAUAAAUUUAUUGUCAACUAGGGUUAAAAAAGACAAAUAAAAAUUCAAGGAAAAAGACGUCGAAAAAGGUAACAACGGAAAAGAAAAUUGCCGUCGCCGAGGCGGUCGUCGGAGGCGUUCUUUGAUCGUUGAUCCCCGUGAAGCGUCUUCGUUUUAUCAAAAUUGUGAGGAUGGAUAAUUCAACGGCGGAGAAAGGGAGCCCGGGGCAAGAGCAGCAGGCUGCCGGAGUGGGGAUUCUCCUUCAGAUUAUGAUGCUUGUUCUUUCUUUCGUCGUUGGCCAUGUUCUUCGCCGCCACAAAUUCUACUACCUUCCCGAGGCCAGCGCUUCUUUGCUUAUUGGUUUGAUUGUUGGUGGACUUGCUAACAUCUCCGACACUGAAAGAAGCAUCAGGGCGUGGUUCAAUUUCCAUGAGGAGUUCUUCUUCCUGUUUCUGCUACCUCCAAUCAUCUUUCAGUCAGGGUUUAGCCUAUCACCUAAACCCUUCUUCUCUAACUUUGGAGCCAUUGUCACAUUUGCUAUUUUUGGAACUUUUAUAGCUUCAGUUGUUACUGGAGUUUUAGUGUAUCUUGGUGGUCUUAUGUACCUCAUGUACAAACUCCCUUUUGUUGAAUGCCUAAUGUUUGGUGCUCUUAUAUCAGCAACCGACCCUGUUACUGUUCUUUCCAUAUUUCAGGAGCUUGGCACUGAUAUGAACCUUUAUGCUUUGGUCUUUGGGGAAUCCGUCUUAAAUGAUGCUAUGGCAAUAUCUUUGUACAGAACAAUGUCUGUUGUAAGAAGUAAUGACCCGUCUGGGCAGAACUUCUUUAUGGUGAUUGUCAGGUUUCUUGAGACCUUUGUUGGCUCUAUGUCUGCAGGGGUUGGAGUUGGAUUUACUUCUGCUCUACUCUUUAAGUAUGCUGGACUAGAUAUUGACAAUCUUCAAAACUUGGAGUGCUGUCUUUUUGUCCUUUUUCCUUACUUUUCGUACAUGCUUGCGGAAGGUCUUGGUCUCUCUGGUAUUGUCUCAAUAUUGUUCACAGGAAUUGUGAUGAAGCACUACACAUUCUCAAAUUUAUCAGAAAAUUCUCAGCGUUUUGUAUCUGACUUUUUUCACUUAAUAUCAUCAUUGGCUGAGACAUUCAUAUUUAUAUACAUGGGUUUCGAUAUUGCCAUGGAAAAGCACAGCUGGUCGCAUGUGGGAUUUAUCUUUUUCUCAAUUUUAUUUAUUGCAAUUGCCAGGGCUGUUAAUGUCUUUUCUUGUGCGUAUCUGAUCAAUUUGGUUCGUCCUGCACAUCGGCAAAUACCUUCGAAGCACCAAAAAGCACUUUGCUACAGUGGACUUCGAGGAGCAAUGGCUUUUGCCCUUGCCCUGCAAUCUGUUCAUGAUCUUGAAGAAGGACACGGGCAGAUUAUAUUCACUGCAACAACUGCCAUAGUUGUUUUGACGGUGUUGUUAAUUGGAGGUUCAACAGGUACAAUGCUAGAAGCUCUGCAAGUUGUGGGGGAUGGCCAUGAUGCCCACUUGGGAGAAGGCUUUGAGGGUAAUAAUGGAUAUGUUCCUACAUCUCGUGAGGAAGAUGAAACAACAGGGAAUAAGUUAAGGAUGAAACUGAAAGAGUUCCACAGAAGUGCGGCAUCAUUCUCUGAAAUAGAUAGGAAUUACCUCACCCCAUUCUUCACGAGCCAGAAUGGAGAUUCUGAAGAUGAGGAGGAUGAUCCAAUGCCUAGUUCUAGAAGGGGAGUAUACCACGGACAUAGCUGAUACUACAAAGACAAGCGGAUGACAACACAUACUGGGUGCUCUUGCUAUGAAGAUGACAUCUAUGGCAUGCAUUGUGUGUAUAGUUGCCAUUGUUUUUCAUGAUGUCGACAAAGGAUUAGGAUUAUAUAAACAUGGUGUAAUUGUUUCGCCAAGAAAAUUAGGAUGUUGGAGUUAUGUAGGAGACAAUGCAUGUUUAAUGUGUUCCAGUGAUAUACUUUUCUUUUUUCAUAAUUUAACAGUGAUUCUUGUGUUGAUGAAAAAAUGGAAUUACAGGAGAAUACUUUGAUUUCAUUAAUGGUGACUGUAACCGACUCGGUCUACGAGAUCUGGUAGGAAAUAUUUUUCUUAGAUGUAGAAACAAGCUGCUUGUUGUAGUUAUCAAUAAUUUUAACAUCAUAGGCAUUCAUAACAUUUGAUUUGAUUUAUUGUCUUUGCUGUGUCUGUAUGUUAUGCAUGAAACUCGCACACACACAAAAGCAAAAAUAGAAGAUUGUGAAAAUAAUUGCAUGAAA